UCAUCCAUUUUGUUUAGUUAAAUUAGCCCGGCUAACGUUACCUCAGGUACAGUGCAGCAGAGAUGGAUGACGGUGACGAGCCGGGCUUAGUCCUCUCUCACACCACUUCUUCGGGCUCUAAGUCGGGCGGGGACAAGAUGUUUUCCCUGAAGAAGUGGAACGCUGUAGCUAUGUGGAGCUGGGACGUUGAGUGUGAUACUUGUGCCAUUUGUCGGGUACAAGUUAUGGACGCUUGUCUCCGAUGCCAGGCGGAAAACAAACAGGAGGACUGUGUUGUUGUAUGGGGAGAGUGCAACCACUCCUUCCAUAACUGCUGCAUGUCCCUUUGGGUGAAGCAGAACAAUCGCUGCCCCCUCUGCCAGCAGGACUGGGUGGUUCAGAGAAUCGGCAAAUAGGCCCCACCACCAGGCAGUCUGAUUCUCAGACGGCACCUGUAUGCACCCAAAGUGGUGACAGACUUGACAGUGAUCACUGCAACCUCCUGUGCAGAGCCACCUGGCAUCGACAACUGUCCUCCUAUAUAUGAUUGCAUGUUCCAGUAGUCCUGGUGUCAAAGGAGGAUGAUGGACAAAAUUGAAGCAGCGCAGACUCGUUGGUUAUGAUUGGAGGGAUCGAGAGUCGUGAAGAGAAGGAUCAACCUUGUUGCAGUGUUUGGUCACAUGUUAGCUUUACAUUAUUGUCUGGUGGUGUUCAGCACCUUGAAUAUGUGACUGUCUUUGUAAAAAAUAAAAAUAAAAUAAAGAAUAGUGUAUAGCUGUAAA